AUGUUUUCGGCGCUGCUGCUGCUGCUUCUAAAACAGCUGACUGCAGCCACCGUGUACUGGGACGCUCGGCUCAAGGCGGUCCGGCUGAAGGAAGGGGUUCUGGAGACGGAGGGCGACGCCUACGGGUUCCUGAACAACACGCUGCUCAGCACCGGCUGGAGCGUCCUGGAGAUCCGGGCGGGAUACGGACAAACCCCCGAGACCGACGAGCUCACCUUCUUCCUGGCCGGAUACCUGGAAGGCUUCCUCACUGCCCCGCAGAUCAUGGACCACUACACCAACAUGUAUCCUCAGCUCAUCCAUAACACCAAGGUGCUGGGCCCGGUCCAGAGUUUCAUGGCGAAGCAGGACGCGUGGGUCAGGCAGCAGGUGAAGCUGAACGGCAGCUCGGACCCUCUGUGGAAACACGCCGGCUUCAUCGUGGCCCAGGUGGACGGGCUCCAGGCGGGCGUCGCAGACUGGGCCAAAAGACGAGGGAAGAAGCCGCUCUCCCUGUUUGACGUCCAGUUCCUGAAUGCUGUGGGAGACCUGUUGGAUCUGAUCCCAGCCAUCGUUCCAUCUGCCGAUCCCCAGCCCCGGAACUACAAACGCCCAGGGAUGGGUCACUGCUCCGCCCUCAUCAAGAUGCUGCCAGGCUUCGAGGACCUCCUGUUCGCCCACUCCAGCUGGUACACGUACGCCGCCACCAUGCGCAUCUACAAACACUGGGACUUCCGUGUGGCUGAGCCCCACACGGCGACGGGGAAGCUGUCCUUCAGCAGCUACCCUGGGUUCCUGGUGUCUCUGGACGACUUCUACCUGCUGGGCAGCGGUCUGAUGAUGACCCAGACCACCAACAACGUCUUCAACACGUCCCUGUUCCACUCCAUCACCCCCAGCAGCCUGCUGGCCUGGCAGAGGGUCCGGCUGGCCCACAGUCUGGCUCGCAGCGGACCAGAGUGGGCCAGAACCUUCUCUAGGUACAACUCAGGCACCUACAACAACCAGUACAUGGUUCUGGACCGGAGCCGAGUGAAGCUGAGGCAGAGCCUGGACGACGGCGCGCUUACGGUGGUGGAGCAGAUCCCGGGCCUGGUGGAGUUCUCGGACCAGACGCCGGCUCUGCGCAGAGGGUACUGGCCGUCCUACAACGUCCCCUUCCACCAGAAGAUCUACGCGCUGAGCGGCUACGAGGAGAUGAGGCAGGAGUACGGAGACGACUUCUCCUACGACCUCUGCCCCAGAGCCAAGAUCUUCCGCCGGGACCAGGCCGGGGUCACGGACCUGGCCUCUCUGAAGCACAUCAUGAGGUUCAACGAGUACAAGAAGGACCCGUACUCGCAGGGCGACCCCUGCAAGUCCAUCUGUUGCCGUGACGACCUGCGGUCCCAGAGGGCGGCGCCAGAGGGCUGCUACGACACCAAGGUGACGGACUUCCAGAUGGCCGGCGCCUUCGUAGCGGAGGCGGUGAACGGGCCGACCACGCAGGACGGGCUCUGGCCCUUCUUCUGGGACAAGUUCGGCAGCGUCAGCCACCAGGGCCUGCCGCGCUUCUACAACUUCACCUUCGUCAGGAUGCAGCCUCUGCUCUUCAAGCCAUGAAACCGUCAGAGCCUGAACUCCACAAAGGCGUCCUGGGUUUUAAAGUUCACACAAUCAGAUUCCGUCCCAGCAACGUGUUUCUGUUGAUCUGUUACUGAGCCCAGCUCUGGUUCUGUGAUGGUUUACAGCUCCUCCUCAGGGUGAAUGAUUGACCCGGCUCAGAGUGACUCUGAUUCCAGCCAUAAAUCAUUUCUCAGGCUUCUUUCACUGCCAAAGAUCUGCUCAGGACUGUUGAUCUGUCGCUUUGAUUUAUUCUGCAUGAAUUAUUCUGUUGUUUCAUAUUUGGAUUAAAGCUUUGUGCGGAUUGAAACCGA